UCGACGCGUCGCUAGGGGCAACCGCGGCUCCGCACUGCUCCUCCUCAUCCGUGCCCGUUCGUUUGGAGCACGGGAAGGGACAGAUUUCGAGAAAAACCGUCAAGCUUUGGCUGGUUUGAACAAGGAUGACCGACGUACUGCGGCUGGUUUCACAAGUGGGCAGGCGGACUCUACCCACAUUGUCCCAGCUCUCUGAAAACGAUAUUGAGUGUAUUUGGGCUGAUCUGUCUGCGUUUAUUGAACGCCAGAUGACCUCACAGAAGGGGGUCCACCUUGCAGGCCUGGGGACCUUCACCUUCUCUCAACAACAGCUCAACAUAGGAAACAAGUUGACCUUGAUUCAGCGUCCCAUCUUCCUCCUGGCUGGAAAGCUGUCCCAGUCUCUGGGCUUAAAACAGACCAGGCCACUUGCUACAGCAACACAUUUACCAGUGGUGCAGCUAAACUUUGCAGCUGUGUCACAAGUGAGUCCAUUUAGUCGGGAAGUGGUGGAAGGCUGCGUCAGAGAAACUCUUCAGCUCCUCUUCAGAGCUUUGGCUUCUGAGCAAAACAUCUUCAUCACUUUUCAUGGAAUUGGAGUUCUGACCUUUAACAACAAGAAGGUCCGGAUGAAGUUUAACAAAGAUUUCAUAAACACCAUGGAUGGAACUGGUAGGAUGCUGUUAGCCUUCAACAAUAGACCUGGAAGCAGUGUGUCUUUACUCUCUGGAGGCCUGUACAGGCUCCGGAGACCACAGACGGCCAACCCCGCUGUUCUGCCAACUAUCUGCUCGGCUCAGCCGGACAGCAGAGCUGGUGACAAAGAUGGAUUCUGCCUUUCACCGGCUCCAGACCACAGGAAUGCAGGAGAAGUUCCCCAACAGAGAGAAUCUAAAACCUGGGGACUGCUGCAGCCAGACAAGGUGAAAGCUGUCAGCCUGUCUGAAGAACUGAACCCAAGCCCCCCCGCGGAGGCAGCAGACAAAAAUACCACCUCUACAUCACCACCAGAGGUCAGUCCCAAACAGGAGCCCCCUCACGCGCCCGUCUGCUGCUUUGGCCACGCUCGUGCUGGACAGGAGCUGUGCUACUUGUGCAUGCAGCGAGCCCAGAGAAAUGUACCAGUGAACCUGAGAGAGCAGCAGCAGGCAGAAGAAAAGGCUCAGGAGAAACUUUUACUGUUGAAGGAACAGCAAAGAGACAAACGGUACAUGGAGGAAGAACAGGCAAAGAUGAGUGAACAACACGAGCGUGCGAAGCUGGUCGCAACGUUCAACCUGAAAAUGUCAGAGCAGAAGGUCAAGUCUUCCUGUGCACAGCACCCUACGUCAUUCAUCUUCCCAACUCGGCCCCUCACUCCCGCCAGGAGGAUCCAGCAGCAACGUUACAUGAACGAUCUUCAGAGCCAGAUAGAGAGACGGCAGCAACGCGAGGCUCAGGAGAAGCAGAACAGGCUCCUAAUGGGGCGACUGGAUCAGGUCGAGCUGCUCCAGGAGAUAGCGCUGCAGAAGGCCCAGCAGCUCCAGCAGAAAUACGAGAGAACCAAGAGUUACAAGAAAGCACUGGAUACUCAGGUGGGAGAUAAGAAGUACACAAUCCCAACGGAGGGCGAGUGUGACAGCGCUGGCUUCAACCCAUAUGAAACAGUGGAGGUGGAGAGCAAUGUGGAAAGCCGAGAGAGGGCGCAGAAGCUCUUUAACAUAAACAUCAGUGCUGCCAACCAGAGGAAGACUGAGGAACUGCACAACCGCCAGACUCAGCUGGGGAGAGAGAGAGAAAUGCUCAAACACACUAAAAUGGAGCUCAUACUGGACCACAUCAAUCAAUUUGAGAAAAAGCAAAAGGUCAUUAAGUCAUUAGAGGACGAGUGGAGUCGCAGUGUGAGGCUCAAACGCCAGCGAGAGGAAGAGGAGCAGCGCUUCUUGAGGUCUGCCGGGCAGCUUCUAGUAGAUAAGCUCACUCAGUACCGGCGCUGUACCCAGUGUCAGCGCAGGACCAACAACUGUGGAGAGACCAACAUAUGGAAAGACUCUCAUUACCUCUCUGGCUCCCAGUUCAUGAUCUGACCAGCGGUAACCAGCUCAUAGUGUGACGUGCAUUGGAGAUGAAGUCCUUGGGAAUGCGUGAACCAAGCUUAUGUACUUUGAUUUGAUGUUAUAGUGUGAAAUACUACAACUCCUACUAAGGAUCAUUUGACCCUUCUACCUAGAACUCUGCUAGACAGUGGGCAUACUGUAUGAGCCCCUUGCUGCAGCCGACAUCCUGUGAACGGCUGCUUUUGUCAUGUAAACACGGCCAUUACUUGCAUAGGUGCUAUGGUCACACAGGUGCUAUGGUCACGCAGGUACUGUACUUUGGUUACGCAGAUAUUAUGGUUACGCAGGUACUAUGGUUACGCAGGUACUAUGGUCACGCAGGUACUGUGGUCACGCAGGUACUGUGGUCACGCAGGAACUGUGGUCACGCAGGUAUCAUGGUUACGAAGGUACUAUGGUCACGCAGGUACUAUGGUCACGCAGGUACAGUACUAUGGUUACACAGGUACUAUGGUUACGCAGGUACUGUGGUCACGCAGGUACUAUGGUCACGCAGGUACAGUACUAUGGUUACACAGGUACUAUGGUUACGCAGGUACAGUGGUCACGCAGGUACUAUGGUCACGCAGGUACAGUACUAUGGUUACACAGGUACUAUGGUUACGCAGGUACAGUGGUCACGCAGGUACUAUAGUCACGCAGGUACUAUGGUCGGCUUUCUUCCCAAGCCAAUGCUGUAGCAAGUGAGCGACCAAGCCACCAGACUUUAUGUCCAAAAAACAGUGUAUGUGCUACAGUUCGUAAUACAUAAAGGUGAGUUUGAUUUUAGCAGUCACUCACAAUCGAAUAAAGGACCAAGUAAGAAAAGCCUUUAACAGUCCCACAGCAGGGAAAUUACUUCACACAACAGCAAGUACAGGGCAGAGGAAUACAGCCACAUAAUCAAAAACAGUUAAAAAGACACUUCAUGACACUUUGUGUUGGCACAGUACAACACAGUAUGGUACAGGUAGAGUGAGUAGGAGGUCAUUGGAAGGGUUAUUGCACAGUAUUAAAUAUAAAUGUAGAAAUAUUCUGUGGAACAGAAAAAUUGUUCCACAUUGUGUAAAUAUAGAAUAGAUAUCUAAUAAUGCACAGAGUUUGCACAAAUAUUGUACAGAGGAGAUUACUAUGUAAUCACUGAUGCAGUGGGUGAGUGAAUGUAGUGGGAGGUAUUUAACAGUUCUGAUUAUAGAGUCGAACAGCGGCAGGUAGGAAAGAUCUGUGAUACCUUUCCUUCACACAGUGAGGGUGGAUCAGUCUGUUACUGAAGCUGCUCUCCAGAGCAGACAGUGAGUCCUCCAGUGGGUCAGAGUCCUGGUCCGGGAUGGAUGUAAGUUUAGCCAGGACCCUUCUCUCACCCCCCCCUGCACCGUGUCCAGACUGCAGCCCAGGACAGAGCUGGACUUGUUGAUGACCCUUUCCAGUCUCUUCCUGUCCCUCACUGUGAUGCUGCUGCUCUGUACAGCAUGGCUGAUGCCACCACAGUAGAAGCUGCAGAGUAAAAGGCCUACAGUAUGUGUAUGGGUAUGUGUACUGUAGGUGUCACGGGUAAAAAGAAUUGUAUGUCUUACGAAAUACAGUAACUGCACGUGUCACGGGUCAAUAGCGACUAAAAUACAUUACAAAUACAAAUGUACAGUGAGAGACGGGACAUAGACUUACAGGUACAAAGAAUUGUCUUAUUGAUGAAAACCGAAAGAACAAAAUUAUUGCGCUUUGAAACCUAUGUUUCACUUUGCCAUCUUAGAGAGAGAUCAACACACAGGUGCUUUUUCCCAACAGAUUUAUUGAUAAAAACAGAACCAAAAAAACUUUUUUACACAUAAUAAAAGACAUGUGACACAACCAAAAACACUCCCUAACACAAAAGGCCAAAAAAACUAAAUCAGCAAAUAAAGUGAAUGAGAACAUUUCAGCAAUCACUCAUAAUUCUGGCACUACCAUGGUAUCUCCCUUCUGCAUUCGUCACAUACUAACAAGCUGGUCCUAAUGGAGGCUUGAACCUCAAACCUUCUGCUUCCCAAAUCAAUGCUCUAACGACUGAACCACCAAGACACAGAUCUUUACCACAGAUACCGCUUCCCUCAUAAACAGGGCACCUGUGAGUUCUGACUUUAUGUAGUAAAAGACUUUGAGUUCUGACUUUAUGUAGUAAAAAACUUUGAGUUCUGACUUGUAUUUUGUUGAGUUGUAUUUAUCUUUAACACAUACUAUAACUUUUACAAAUAAAACCCAAACUCACAAGAGAGAAUGAGGGACAGUAAAAGUGUUUAAUUUCAUUUUUACAAGAAAUCAAGAAAAGUCUGAAGAAACUGUCACAUGCCUUUUAUUCUUUGCAUAUGUGUAAAAUGUUUUUGGUACUACUUUUAUGAAUAAAUCUGAAAAAAAAAAAAACGUGUGGGGACCACUCCAUAAGAUGGCAUAGUGAGGCACAGUUCUGCGCGCCUCCCCCCCCCCUGUGGUGAUGCAGGGACGACCCAGUUUGUGUAACAAAAACAGCCGUUCACAGAUGAUUUCGGAUGACAGAGUUCUAGGUAGAAUCAGAAAGUCCAGGGGUGCUAGUGUCAAUAUUUACAUGUGAUUAUUUACUUGUUUUUGACCUGGUAUUGUGAAAAAUAAAUAAACCAACAUGCAAAUCUUUACUUUUUCUUAUAGGUAUACACUGUAUCUUCUAUAGCUUAUAGGUAGUUUGAUAAAGUAUUUUGUUUCUAUCCUGAAACUUUGAAGAUGAAAGUAGUUUGAUAAGGAUAGUUUUAUGCAGUGAGGAGAUACUACUGAUGAGCCGUGACGAAUCAAAACAACUUUCUUCUGGCAGAAGCCGCAGUUUUCUGUGAAGUCAGACCUCCCAUAAUGAGCAUAUAUUUGUGUUUGUGCUGAAGCAGACCAUUAAAUAAGUGACACAUUGUGUGUGUGUGCACAAA